AUGUCUACUACUAGUACUAGAAGAAUAGGCGAAGUCAACUAUGCAGAAUUAGAAGAAGGCAAUUUCUCAGAUGAUUAUCAAGAUGAAUAUCAAGAGGAUGAUAUUGAUGGAGAAUAUGGUACUCCCUCCAGCAAACGAAAGGGAGGCAAACAAGCAUCCACGCAAGCAAAGAAAAAGAAGGUACAAGCAUCAAUAGAUAACAUCAGGAAUGAAAUAGACGAUACAAAUUACUCCGAUGAACAAUUAAUCGAAUUAACCCCCGAUAUUCCUGCUGAUUAUAUCCCAGAUGCAGUUUCAAGAACAUUUGGAAAAUCAGAUUUUUCAUAUUUGAAAUUAAAACCUGAUCAUUUUUCAAGACCAAUUUGGAUUUCUCCGAAUGAUGGUAGAAUCAUAUUGGAAUCAUUUUCCCCAUUGGCUGAACAAGCCCAGGAUUUCCUUAUUACUAUUGCAGAACCAAUUUCAAGACCGUCACAUAUUCAUGAAUAUAGAAUCACGGCAUAUUCUUUAUAUGCGGCUGUUUCAGUUGGAUUAGAAACUGAUGAUAUUAUUCUGGUUUUAAAUCGAUUAUCGAAAGUUCCAGUUGCUGAAUCGAUUAUUAAUUUCAUUAGAGGGGCUACUGUAUCUUAUGGAAAAGUUAAAUUAGUUUUAAAACAUAAUCGAUAUUUUGUGGAAAGUACGCAGGCGGAUAUUUUACAAAUGCUUCUAAAGGAUCCAGUUAUUGGACCUUUAAGAAUCCAAUCUUCGGAGAAUAUAGUUUCAGGCAAUGGACUUAUUCAAUCCGCUGCUUCAAAAGACGAUAUAACGAUCCCCGGCACGAAAAAGAAGGAUGGAAACACAACUGCCGAAAACAAUGAAGCAGAAGAUAUAUUUGCAUCGGUUAUAGGAAACAAAGAAGACGAUGAUGAUGAUUUCGAUACAGUUCAUUCAUUCGAAAUUGCCAAUGAUUCAGUUGAAAUUGUGAAAAGAAGAUGUCAAGAAAUCGAAUAUCCCGUAUUGGAAGAAUAUGAUUUCCGUAAUGAUGCCAGAAAUCCUGAUUUAGAAAUUGACUUAAAACCAUCGACUCAAAUUAGACCAUAUCAAGAAAAAUCCUUAUCCAAAAUGUUUGGUAAUGGUCGUGCAAGAUCAGGAAUUAUUGUUUUGCCGUGUGGUGCUGGGAAGACAUUAGUUGGGAUUACUGCUGCAUGUACCAUUAGAAAAUCGGUGAUUGUAUUAUGUACUUCUUCUGUAUCAGUUAUGCAAUGGAGACAACAAUUUUUACAAUGGUGUACUAUCCAGCCGGAAAAUGUUGCCGUUUUUACUUCUGAGAAUAAAGAAAUGUUUACUAGUGAAUCAGGAUUAGUCGUAUCAACAUACUCAAUGGUUGCAAAUACAAGAAAUAGAUCACAUGAUUCUCAAAAAGUGAUGGAUUUCUUAAGAUCAAGAGAAUGGGGGUUUAUUAUAUUGGAUGAAGUUCAUGUUGUCCCGGCCGCGAUGUUUAGACGUGUUGUGACUACAAUUGCCGCCCAUGCAAAACUUGGCCUUACUGCCACUUUGGUUCGUGAAGAUGAUAAAAUUGAUGAUUUGAAUUUCUUAAUUGGUCCGAAAUUAUAUGAAGCAAAUUGGAUGGAUUUAGCCCAAAAGGGACAUAUUGCCAAUGUUCAAUGUGCUGAAGUAUGGUGUCCGAUGACAUCGGAAUUUUAUCAAGAAUAUUUACGUGAAUCGGCAAGAAAGAGGAUGUUAUUAUAUAUUAUGAAUCCGACGAAAUUUCAAGCAUGUCAAUUUUUAAUUCAUUAUCAUGAAAAGAGAGGUGAUAAGAUUAUUGUAUUUAGUGAUAAUGUUUAUGCAUUACAAGAAUAUGCAUUAAAAUUGGGGAAACCAUUUAUUUAUGGUUCGACUCCCCAACAAGAAAGAAUGAAGAUUUUACAAAAUUUCCAACAUAAUGAUGAAAUUAAUACGAUUUUUUUAUCAAAAGUUGGAGAUACUUCAAUUGAUUUGCCAGAAGCAACAUGUUUAAUUCAAAUUUCUUCCCAUUAUGGAUCAAGAAGACAAGAAGCACAAAGAUUGGGACGUAUUUUGAGAGCCAAAAGACGUAAUGAUGAAGGGUUUAAUGCAUUUUUUUAUUCAUUGGUUUCUAAAGAUACUCAAGAAAUGUAUUAUUCUACCAAAAGGCAAGCAUUUUUAGUUGAUCAAGGUUAUGCAUUUAAAGUGAUUACUCAUUUAAGUGGAAUGGAAGAUUUACCUGAUCUUGCCUAUGCUUCACCCCGGGAACGUCGAGAAUUAUUACAACAAGUAUUAUUAAAGAAUGAAGAUGCUGCCGGACUUGAGAUUGGUGAUGAUGCUGAUACGAAUUUUAUUUCAAAGGAAAGAAGAAUGAAAUUGGAAAAGGCAAAUGCUACACGUACUGCUGGAUCUUUGGCAGGAUUGGCGGGUGGGGAAGAUAUGGCAUAUAUCGAAUAUAAUAAGAAUAAGAAUAAGGAAUUAAAGGAACAUCAUCCAUUGAUUCAAAAAAUGUAUUAUCAUAAACAGGGAAAGAAAUAA